AAGCCAUUACUGUCGGUACAUGAAAAAGAAGGUGACACCUCACGUGAAUAGUGCUAGUCGGUAGUCGCCCCCCCCCCCCCCCCUCACAAAAUUACAAUAAUACCCUUUAUACGUUUGCAAUCAGUUAUCCUUUCAAAAAUCUAUAUCCAACCGUUAACUUACUGUAGAUUUGCCACGUGGCAAACUCCUUCAUCACCAGAUUUCCGCAUAUUUCCUCUGCAACCGCAUAUUUCCUCUGCAAUCUUCCAUUUAUCAUCUUCUAGCACCUUCACUCACCCCUUCAAUGGCUUCCUCUCUCUACAUUUUCCUCACUGUGUUCUUCACUGUGUUUUGUUUUUCACAUGCAAAUAACUUCAAUGUUGGCGGGAAAGAUGGGUGGACUCUGCACCCUUCUGAAAGCUACAGUCAAUGGUCAAGCAGGUUGAGGUUUGUCAUCAACGACAAUCUCCAUUUUAAGUAUGAUGGUGGGACUGAUUCUGUAUUGGAGGUUAGCAAAGGCGAUUAUGAUGGCUGCAACACGAAUAGUCCUAUUACUAAGCUUACUGGUGGAGAUUCUACCUUUAGUUUGAACCGUCCUGGGCCGUUUUAUUUUAUCAGUGGUAAUAAGUCGAAUUGUGUUCAAGGUCAGAAGUUGACGGUGGUUGUUAUUACGCCGAAAUCGACGAAAACACCGCCUGCUGUUGCUCCAACUCCGCCCGGCUCGCCACCGGGAACAUCCACACCAGGUAGUCCUGGUGCUCCUCCGGGCGGAGGUGGAGGUGGCUCAACUUCUCCACCAGGUAGUCCCGGAGCCUCACCUGGUGGAGGAGGGUCAUCAUCUCCACCAGGUAGCCCUGGAGCAUCACCUGGUGGUGGUGGAGGAGGCUCUACUCACCCAGGUAGCCCCGGGUCAUCACCUGGUGGUGGUGGGGGAGGAGGAGGCUCUACUCACCCAGGUAGCCCUGGCGCUUCACCUGGUGGAGGUGGAGGUGGCUCAACCCCAGGUAGUCCCGGGGCAUCACCUGGUGGAGGCGGCGGAUCUUCUCACCCAGGUAGCCCCGAGGCUUCACCCGGUGGAGGAGGAGGGUUAACCCCAGGUAGUCCCGGGGCAUCACCUGGUGGAGGGGGAGGCGCAUCUUCUCCACUAGGUAGUCCCGGAGCUUCACCAAGUGGAGGGGGUAUCUCUACUUCUCCCGCUGGUAGUCCAACGGGUUCACCAGGUGGUGGAACCUCCUCUCCUGUCGGUAGUCCAGCAGGUUCACCCGGUGGAGGAGCCCUAUCUCCAUCUGGUAGUCCAGGGGCUUCACCAGGUGGAGGCACCUCUUCUCCUGGUGGAAGUCCAGCAGCUUCACCAGGUGGAGCCGCGUCUACUCCCAUGGGUAAUCCAGCGGAUACUCCGGGCGGAGCUCCGUCUUCUCCAACUGGGAACCCGGCGGAUACUAAUGGGAAUGGAAACCAGAAUGGAUCGGCAACAAGUUCAGGUGUUUGUGCAAUCUUGACUAUGCCAAUUGCCAUGAUAAUAUUUAUGCUUGGGUGGGCUUAUUAAUUUGUUUAGGGAAAUUAUGUAUUAGUUGUAAUUUCUCACAAAAUUUGUUGUAUUUUCGUAGUUGUUUGUGUUAAUAAAUCGUUGGAUUACCUCCAUUUCUAAUUAAAUGCAUGUUGUAUUUUUA